UCUAAGUGGUGAGGUUUGGAACCGUUGACCCCGUUGUACACUUAUCACCAUGGUUGACACCCGUAGUGGGAAGAGUACCAGCCCCUAUACUCCGGCUCAACAGGAGCAGAUGGCCGCCCUAGUGAGAGAGAAUAGGGAAAAGAAAGAGCUCCCGAAGCAGGCGAAGUUGAAAGCGAUCGCAAAGAAGCAGGCGGCGAAAAGGAAAAGGUUGGAGGAGGAGAUGAUGAGGGUUCAGCAGGAGGAGGAAGAAAGAAGAAAGGUUGCUGAAGAAGAAGCAGCAGCAGCAGAAAAAGAGGAAGAACGCCUUGAAAGAAGACGUAGGGAAGAAAAAGGGGAGAGCAGUGGCACGACGGAGGAAGAUGCAAAAAUGAAGAAGAAGAUUAGUGAGUGGGUGGCAAAUUUGUCUUUGGGAGAAGAUGAGGAGGCGCAACUGUAUGUGCCACAGGAGGAGAAGGAGGCGUUUGCCAGGGCUUUGGAAAUGAUAGAUGAGCCCCUGGAACGUCAAGAGACAGAAGAUGAGAAAAAGUUGGAGUGGAAGCUGCGCAUGAAAAGGGAGAAGAAGAGAAGGAGGGAGGAAGCUGUCUGAUUGGCCGCAGAGGUGGAGAAAGUACGAGGGUGUAGGCAAGAGGUGCAGGCCCAAGCGGAAGUA